AUGAAGAUCACAGUGGUGCUUUGUCUGCGGAAGAGGCAAGUACUGAUUUUCUUUGUUUUGGUAGGAUUAUCUCAGGCAGGUACAGAAUCCGCACGCUAUUCUGUAGCAGAGGAAACAGAAAUUGGCUCUUUUGUGGCUAAUCUGGCAAGGGACUUAGGGCUAAGGGUGGAGGAGCUGUCCUCACGGGAGGCUCGGGUAGUGUCUGAUGAUAAUGAAAAGCAUUUGCACCUCGAUUUGCUAACUGGGGAUUUGCUUCUAAAUGAAAAACUGGACAGAGAAGAGCUAUGUGGCUCCACCGAGCCCUGUGUGCUGCAUUUUCAGGUGGUACUGGAAAACCCUUUACAGUUUUUUCGGGCUGAGCUGCAUGUCAAAGAUAUAAAUGAUCACUCUCCUGCAUUCCUGGACAAGGAAAUACUUAUUAAAAUAUCAGAAAGCACAACUAUUGGAACCACAUUUUUAGUGGAGAGUGCUCAAGAUUUGGAUGUUGGAAGCAACGGCCUUCAAAACUACACAAUUAGCCCCAAUUCUUAUUUCUACAUCAAAAUUCGAGACAGUGGUGACAGAAAGAUAUACCCAGAACUGGUCCUAGAUAGAGCAUUAGAUCAUGAGGAGGAAAAUGAACUCAGAUUAACACUCACAGCACUGGAUGGUGGAUCCCCACCCAAGUCUGGUACAACUUUGGUUUUCAUUCAGGUCUUGGACAUCAAUGAUAAUGCUCCUGAGUUUCCCCAGAGUCUCUAUGAGGUGCAAGUCCUGGAGGACGCACCCCUUGGCUCCCGGAUUAUCACUAUCUCUGCGAAGGACUUGGAUACAGGAAAUUAUGGAAAAAUAUCUUACACAUUUUUCUAUGCAUCAGAAGAUGUUCGUAAAACAUUUGAAAUUAAUACACUAUCUGGGGAAAUUAAUUUGGAAUCAAGCCUGGAUUUUGAAGUAAUACAGUCCUACACUAUUAAUAUUCAGGCAACGGAUGGUGGCGGCCUCUCAGAAAAAUGCACCCUUCUAGUUGAAGUAAUUGAUAUAAACGACAACCCACCAGAAGUGACCAUGUCGUCCACUACAAAGAGAAUUCCAGAAAAUGCCUCAGAGACCUUAGUAGCUCUUUUUAGUGUUCGAGACCAAGAUGCUGGAGACAAUGGUAGGAUGGUUUGCUCUAUUCAAGAUGACCUCCCAUUUCUUCUGAAACCAACCUUCAAGAAUUUUUUCACUCUCAUUUCUGAAAAAGCACUAGACAGAGAGAGCAGAGACGAGUACACCAUCACCAUCACUGUCACUGACUUUGGGACACCGAGGCUGCAAACCCAGUACAAUCUAACUGUGCUGAUCUCUGAUGUUAAUGACAACGCCCCCGCCUUCACCCAAACCUCCUACACCCUGUUCGUCCACGAAAACAACAGCCCCGCCCUGCACAUUGGCACCAUCAGCGCCACAGACAGGGACUCAGGCACCAACGCCCAGGUCACCUACUCCCUGCUGCCACCCCAGGAUGAGCAACUGCCCCUCGACUCCCUGGUCUCUAUCAACGCCGACAACGGACACCUGUUCGCCCUGAGGGCGCUGGACUACGAGGCCCUGCAGGCCUUCGAGUUCCGCGUGGGCGCCACAGACCGAGGCUCCCCCUUGGUCAUCGCCUUGGCCUCGGUGUCGUCGCUCUUCCUGUUCUCGGUGGUGCUGUUCGUGGCGGUGAGGCUGUGCGGGAGGCACAGGGCGGCCUCCGUGGGUCGCUGCUCGGUGCCUGAGGGCCACUUUCCUGGCUACCUAGUGGACGUCAGCGGUACUGGGACUUUGUCCCAGAGCUACCAGUAUGAGGUGUGUCUGACAGGAGAUACUGGGACAAAUGAGUUUAAAUUUCUAAAGCCCAUUAUCCCCAAUUUUUAUGUCCCUGACGCUGGCAGGAAUACGGAGGAAAAGGAGAAUGUUCGGAAUAGCUUCGAAUUCAACAUUCAAUAAAACAAUGCAUUUAAACUUCGGGUUUUGUACUAUUCUUGGCAAACUAGGGCUACUUUUUGCCUAAUCUCUUUUAGAUUCUGGUUUGUACAGAAGUUGCAUGCAUGAGCAUUGCUCGUGCUCU